GCUUUUACUGUACAUAUUUUGCGUUCUGGAAUAUUCCCCAGAAUAUUCCAGACACCCGAACAAGAGAAGAUCGGUGGAGGAUUGACCGUUCGACGUUGCAAAAACGGCAGUCAAUUGCAAGCGAUCGACGUGGUGGAACACGUCAUUAGUAAAAACCUACUACAUAUUCAAACUUACUACGUUACUGUCCAUACAAUGAUUACGCACUUGCGUAUAUGUAGUAAAUGCGUAAUGUAUUCGGUGACAAUAAAUGGCAGGUUGCUUUCUUGACGUCACGUGCCGAGCUUGGUUGGAGGGGAAUCUUACUUUCUUUUCAACUGUCAACAAUAUGGUUCCAUAAGUAGUCGUUUUGCUGCAUUCUGAUGGAAAACAUACAUAACUUUUGUAAUUCAUCGAUUGAAUUAUCUAAAAAUAAUACUUAAAUGCACGUCUACGACUGAGAAAUUCUUGCCAUUCCAUACACUAUUUCUUAACCUGUAAACUGUUGUGACAGAUACUGCACAGUCAGUGGAGUAUAACCUGUGCUCAAAUGCUAAAAAAGUUGCAUAGAUUUUAGUGAAAUCUUUGUAAAUUUAGAUAAUAUUGUCUUAAAAAUGGCUGGUAAAUCAGAUCAUCUUAGGAUUUAUUUUGUUACAUGGAAUGUGGCAACUAAAUAUCCUGAAGAAGAUUUGCAUCGACUUCUUGAUUGUGGUCCAGCUACAUCAAAAAACUUGCCAGAUUUAUAUUACAUUGGGUUGCAGGAAGUUAAAGCUCAACCACAAAAUAUGGUAUUAGACAUAUUCUUUGAGGAUCCAUGGACUAAAUCUUUUAGAGAAAUAUUAAAGAAAUAUGAUUAUGUAAAAAUACGUACACAGCGUUUACAGGGUCUUGUCUUAAAUGUUUUUUGCUUGAGAAAGCAUAUUACUCAUUUAAGAUUAAUAGAAGCUCAAUAUACUAAGACAGGAUUUGGAGGCAUGUGGGGUAAUAAGGGGGCAGUCAGUGUAAGACUGAAUAUAUAUGGGGUUAGUAUGUGUGUAGUAAAUACACACUUGACUCCACAUGAUCAUUUACUGGCAGAUAGAAUCAUGGAUUAUAAUACAAUACUCACAAAUCAUAGUUAUACUAGUCCAGAUACUUCUAAAAUAUUAUUUCAUGAUUAUGUAUUUUGGAUUGGUGAUCUAAAUUUUCGAUUAAACGGAGAAGAUCUAACUGCCACAGAUAUUGAUUUAUUAGUUAAGAAAAAUCAAUUGAAACCUUUAUUGGCAAGAGAUCAAUUAAAGGCGGUAAUGGAGAACGGUGACGCUUUUGCCGAAUUGCAUGAAAAUUCUAUUACAUUCCCACCUACUUACAAAUAUGAGUUUUCAUCUCAAGAAUUUGAUCUCAAGCGACGACCAUCAUGGACUGAUAGAAUUUUGUACAAAGUAAAUGCCGAUGUUUAUGACAAUGUUAAGCUUGGCGCUACUCAGCGUAAUUACAAGAGUCAGUUCGAUUAUGUACAAUCAGACCAUAAACCUGUCACAGGGGAAUUUGAUAUUAUUAUUAGACCCGGUGUGGAGGAUCAUGGUGUAGAAUUUCAACCUGUGACAGCAUGGUUUAUAGAUGAAGAAAAUUCGGUUUCAUACAGAUUAUUGGGAAAUGCUAUACCCGCUAGCGGAGAUUGGGUAGGACUUUUCCACAACGAAUUUUCCAGUCUAGACGAAUACAUUGUGUACGAAUAUGUAGGUCGAGGUAAAUCGUCUCCGGUUCCUUCCGAACCUCACGCCAUCACGGAGCGAAUUUACUUCAGCGACACCGCUCUUCGCUCACCAGGAAUGUAUCAGUUGGUUUAUGUUGCUCAACGGGGAAAUCUUAUUGGAAUUUUAGGAGUUAGUCCUCCAUUUCCAGGACACCAUAGACCAACUUGAUAACCUUUUUAAUAUUUAUUUAAACAUAAUAACAAUUACAGAUGAUACCUGCUUAUUAUAGAUUCUUAAUGUGUAACUGAUAAGUUGUUGCAAUAUGCGCGCGUUUAGUUGUCAGACUCAUGUGAGUAGCUUUAUUUAAUGACAAAAGAAUGCAUUAUUUGAAUAUAACUCUUUGAGGUCCAAUAUUUCUUUAUCUUUUUACCAAGACAUUAAUAAAUUAGAGCAUUAUCUUCUGUCUGAAAAAUGUUCAAAGGAUAUAUUGACUACCUUUAGUACUUUGAAUAAUUAUACAAAAUCGUUCGAGAAAUUGGAACGAAUUAUGGUGUGAAAACAUAAAGAAAUUUGAAGAGUAUUCUGUGAUAUAUUUAACCUUACAUAAUCAACUGUGACAUAUAUGUAUAUUUUUAAAAGUGAAUACUUUUUAGCAAAACGAUAUUACAGAAGAGUAAUCUUUACUAAACUAUAGCCUCUUUUAGUUCCUAUAAGUAGCAUCUACUUUAACAGGGCAACUAAAAUGAUAAUCGUUGGAAGGACCACAAAGGGUUUACACGCUAUACAAUUUUAGAUCACAACACAUUGUCAAAAUUAGGAAUGUAAACGUAAGAUUUUACCAAAUUGUGAUUAAAAUAAGAUCGAGUUAGUAUGUUACUGUAUUUUUCAGUAGAUAACGUACAUUUUACAGGACAAUUCUUUUUUAUUUAUUUAUACAGUAUAAAAUCAUUUUUUUAUAAUACUUUUUUUUUAACUGAGCGUAUAUUUAAUUUUAGGAAUUGAACUUUUUUCUAUAUAAACUCUCAUGAAAUUAACAAAAUUUAUGUAUGAAUUUAACGGUGGCAGUAUCUGCUGAAGCAUACAGGAAUGUAGAAAAGACAUAAGUAGACGUAAAAGGACGUUCCCGGAAGACAGGAAAGAAUUCAUAUCUUAACCAAUUUCUUGAUUGAUGUUCAAAAGUUACUUUUGGUACCUGGUUUUUGCUGUUGGGUUACCACCCACAGGCACUAGUGCUUAAUUGUCUUACUCUAUAGAGCUUAUUAAGAGUGUGCUAACGUGUUCUUACGCACUUGACGUACGUGUAAGCACCGAAUAGAUAAUAAUCGUUAGUUUUAGAAAACCUUUUGAUUGGGUUGGCGAAUUGUUAUGAUGGUUUGGUUGUACAAACCUACGCUGUUUUAUUUUUAUAGCGCGAUAGAAACGCAAUGAAAACGAACAAAUAUACGCUGUGGUAUGAAAAAGGGGAUACAAAAUAAAGAACAAUAUUUUUAAA